AUGACCACCCUGAUCCAGGUUUGCUCUCGCCUGUUCAUCGUCUGGUCCAUUGGCUACUCGAUCGAGCAGUCCCAGUCCCACUGGUCCUUCACCACCAUGGUGGUCUCCUGGUGCAUCACCGAGGUCAUCCGCUACGUGUACUACGCCUUCAACCUGAUUGGUGGCGUCCCCUCCCUGAUCACCUGGCUCCGCUACACCACCUUCUUCAUCCUCUACCCCACCGGUGCUGGCAGCGAGUUCGUCUUCGCCUACUGCGCUCUGCCCUUCAUCCAGAACAUCUACCUGUACUACUUCGUCUGCUUCACCCUGGUCCUGUACUUCCCUCUCUUCCCCGUCCAGUACUUCCACAUGAUCAGCCAGCGCCGCAAGUACCUCGGCCGCGGCCGUUCCUCUGGCAAGGCCAAGACCCAGUAA